GCCCCCGCUCCGGGUGACGGGAGCGGAGCGGGGCACGGCGGGCAGCGGUGCCGCCGCCGCCACCGCCACCAUGUCCGGGCGCGGCCACAACAAGCUGCCGACCACCGAGCGCAUCGUCAAGGCUGUGCCAUUCCCUCCCACGCAGCGGCUCACCCUCAAGGAGGUGUUUGAGGAUGGCAAACCCAGGCUGGACGUCCUCAAGAGCCACCUGGUGAAGGAGGGCAGGCUGGAGGAGGACGCGGCGCUGAAAAUCAUCAACGACGGCGCCGCCAUCCUGAGGCACGAGAAAACCAUGAUCGAGGUGGAGGCUCCCAUCACAGUGUGUGGUGACAUCCAUGGGCAGUUCUUUGACCUGAUGAAGCUCUUUGAAGUGGGAGGAUCACCCAAUAACACCCGCUACCUCUUCCUGGGGGACUACGUGGACAGAGGCUACUUCAGUAUAGAGUGCGUGCUGUAUUUAUGGAGUUUAAAGAUAAAUCAUCCCAAAACGUUGUUCCUCCUUCGAGGGAACCACGAGUGCAGGCACCUCACAGAGUACUUCACCUUCAAGCAGGAAUGUCGAAUCAAGUACUCGGAGCGAGUGUACGACGCGUGCAUGGACACCUUCGACUGUCUUCCUCUUGCUGCCCUCCUCAACCAGCAAUUCCUGUGUGUCCACGGGGGCCUGUCUCCAGAAAUCACGUGUCUAGAUGACAUUAGGAAAUUAGACAGGUUCAAGGAGCCUCCAGCCUUUGGUCCGAUGUGUGACCUGCUGUGGUCGGAUCCCUCGGAGGAUUACGGCAACGAGAAAACCCUGGAGCACUUUGCCCACAACACUGUCCGAGGCUGCUCCUAUUUCUACAGUUAUCCUGCAGUGUGUGAAUUUUUGCAGAACAAUAGUUUGUUAUCCGUAAUCCGAGCUCACGAAGCCCAGGACGCCGGGUAUCGAAUGUACAGGAAGAGCCAGACCACGGGCUUUCCCUCGUUAAUCACAAUCUUCUCUGCACCAAAUUACUUAGAUGUCUAUAACAACAAGGCUGCUGUACUGAAAUAUGAAAACAACGUCAUGAACAUCAGGCAGUUCAACUGUUCCCCUCACCCCUACUGGCUUCCAAACUUCAUGGAUGUCUUCACAUGGUCCUUGCCUUUUGUAGGGGAAAAGGUCACCGAGAUGCUCGUGAACAUCCUCAACAUCUGCUCCGACGACGAGCUGAUCUCGGAUGGCGACGAGACCUUGGAAGGUGGGACAACGGUGCGCAAGGAGAUCAUCAGGAAUAAGAUCAGAGCCAUUGGGAAGAUGGCACGGGUCUUCUCAGUCCUUCGGGAGGAGAGUGAGAGCGUGCUGACCCUCAAAGGCCUGACCCCCACAGGUACCCUGCCCCUGGGAGUGCUCUCGGGGGGGAGGCAGACCCUGCAGACCGCCACAGUAGAAGCGGUAGAGGCACGGGAAGCCAUCCGCGGCUUCUCCCCGCAGCACAAGAUCCGCAGCUUCGAGGAGGCGCGGGGGCUGGACCGCAUCAACGAGCGCAUGCCGCCGCGCAAGGAUUCGCUGCACGCGGACGGCCCCGUGAACUUGGUAACCUCGAACUCUGCGGACAAGAACGGCACGGGCAAGAAACCCCAGUAACGCCAGAGGAUCCAAAACGUCAUGAAUUUUAUUUAUUUAUUAGCGGGGUGGGGUGGGGGCAGGGGGAGAAAACCGGCUUCACCUGGAGGCACGUCCAUAAAUCCAGUCCGCAUCCGUUCUGUGAGAAAGUGACCAUUUUGUAAUUUUUUUUUUUUUUAAUUUAUGUUCAAUAUAUAUGAAAAUGUCUUUUUUUUUUUUUUUUUUUUUUUUUUUUGAGUUAGAAACCAAUCCAACUGCUAGAGCAUCCCGGGAGUGUUGUGCUGUCCAGCUGCCCUCCCUGAGAGGCCAAACCUCUGCUGGGGGGGUGUUGGAUUAAAAAUCAAAAAUCAGUCAAACCAGGCAACUUGGGUCGUUGACUUUGGCACAAUUUGGACUUAGCCUGAGCUUUCCACAGCAGGUCCUUCCCUUCAGGAUACGGUUGGGUUGGUUUUCCUUUACACACCUGUUUUCUUCCCCAGAUUUUUCCUGUUCUUUUUUUCCACCUCUUGCCUACCUGCAGCUGCUGCUUUAGCAACCAAUUCCCUGGAAGGCAGAUUGCUGGGAUCCAUCCCUCUUUUCCAAGGUGACAGCCAGGGGCAGCUCCAGGGUUGUUAACACCAAUCACAGCACCUUUUCCUUCAGGAUUUCAGCUUUAUCCCAAAGGAAAAUCGGGAGAAGGUGGGGGAAGUGCUGCCCCUUGUUGUGGUCCUUCCUCUUGGAGCAGUCAGUUUGUGCAGCAGAAUUCCCUUGGGAAUCCCUCUGAUUCAGAGCAGAGGAAUUAUCUCUGCUGUCUGAUGAUCCCUGGGAAAGCUGCAGGGCAAAGUUUUAAAGGAAAAGGGGGUGAUUUACACCCUGCAGGCUGCAGCUCCCCCAUUCCCCCACCAGCACAGCUGCCCAGCCCAUGGCACAUUCCCUGCUCCCCUCUCUGCAGUCAGCCCUUGCUGAGCAGUUUGGGGUGUUGGGGACAGCGUGGUCACCCCAGUGUCACCCCCCUGUCCCCCCAGGGUGUGUGGCUUUGGGCAUCACCCACCCUUGGCUGUUCCAGAGGAGCCAUGGGCAGCUCUGCCUUUCCCAGCAGCUGGAGCAGGGGAUGGCUGAUAAAAGUUUGAGAUAAGAUUUGGGCACUGCUGGUUCUGGGAGAUGUGGCUGGGUGCUGGUGACAGGACAGCCCCUGGACUGGGGAGCAGGGAGGGCUUGGAAGGCAGAACCGAGUGGAUGUGGCAGGAAUUUUGGCAGGGAGUUCUGGACAGGGAUCCUGGGGGUUCCCAGGGGACACCCCUGGGUGUGGGGUGAGGGAUUUUGGAGCGGGAGCUGAGCAUUCUGUCACUCUGAGCAUUCUUCAUUUACACUGGGAGUGCUGGGGAAGGGUUUUUUGGGAUUCCCGUUGGUCACUUCCCACAUGAGUUGUGCAGGGUUUUGUGGGAUUCCCUUUGGUCUCUUCCAGUGAGAGCUGUGCAGGGUUUUUUGGGAUUCCCAUUGGUCACUUCCCUGUGAGCUGUGCAGGAUUUUGUGGGGUUCCUGUUGGUCUCUUCCAGUGUGAGCUGUGCAGGGUUUUGUGGGGUUCCUGUUGGUGACUUCCCUGUGAGCUGUGCAGGGUUUUGUGGGGUUCCUGUUGGUCUCUUCCAGUGAGAGCUGUGCAGGGUUUUGUGGGGUUCCUGUUGGUCAGUUCCAGUGUGAGCUGUGCAGGGUUUUGUGGGAUUCCCUUUGGUCACUUCCCUGUGAGCUGUGCAGGGUUUUUUGGGAUUCCCGUUGGUCACUUUCCUGUGAGCUGUGCAGGAUUUUGUGGGGUUCCUGUUCGUCAGUUCCAGUGUGAGCUGUGAAGGGUUUUAUGGGAUUCCUGUUUGUCACUUCCCAUAAGAGUUGUGCAGGGUUUUAUGGGAUUCUCAUUGAUGACUUCCCUGUGAGCUGUGAAGGGUUUUAUGGGAUUCCCGUUGGUCACUUCCCUGUGAGCUGGGCAGGAUUUUGUGGGAUUCUUGCUGGUGACUUCCCACAUGAGCUGUGAAAGAUUUUGUAGGGUUCCAGUUGGUGAGUUCCCCUGUGUUUUAUGGGAUUCCCAUUGCUCAGUUCCCAUGUGUAUUAUGGGGUUUCCAUUUGUCAAUUCUCAUGUGUUUUAUGGGAUUCCCAUGUGUUUUAUGGGAUUCCAAUUUGUCAAUUCCCAGGUGUAUUAUGGGAUUCCCAUUGCUCAGUUCCCAGGUGUAUUAUGGGAUUCCCAUUGGUCAGUUCCCUGUGAGCUGUGAAGGUUUUUAUGGGAUUCCUGUUGGUCAGUUCCCGUGUGUUUUAUGGGAUUCCCAUUGCUCAUUUCCCAUGUGUGUUCUGGGGUUCCCAUUGCUCAAUUCCCAUGUGUUUUAUGGGAUUCCCAUUGGUCAGUUCCCUGUGAGCUGUGAAGAUUUUUCUGGGGUUCCCAUUGCUCAGUUCCCAUGUGUUUUUAUGGGAUUCCCAUGUGUUUUAUGGGAUUCCCAUUGCUCAGUUCCCUGUGAGCUGUGAAGUUUUUUCUGGGGUUCCCAUUGCUCAGUUCCCAUGUGUUUUUAUGGGAUUCCCAUGUGUUUGAUGGGAUUCCCAUUGGUCCCUUCCCUUCCCAGCCGUGCCCAUUGCCUGCAGCUGAGGCAGCAGCUCCUGGAGCACUCCCCUCUCCAUCUUUCCCCGUCCCCCUUCUCCCGAGCUCUCUGCAGGCAGGGCUGAGCCUCUCCAGGGGAUCUUUGCCAAGGCUUUCCCUGCUUGUUGCCGUCUUCCCUCGGCGGUUCCAGCGCCAGAGGGAAAACAGCAACUUCCCAGGAAGCUUUCAAAUUGUCUUAGGAUCAGACGUCACCUAAUCCCACGGGGCUCUUUAGGAUUCUGUGAGCAGACCGCUGGGUUUCCACACUUUUCAGUCACAUGCCUCCACUUUCCCCUCUUUUUUUUUUUUUUUUAAUUUCUUUUUCUUUUUUUGGUUGGUUUUUUUUUUUUUUUUUUCCCUUUGAUCCCUUUUUAUUUUCCACGCCCACCGCUUUGCGAGAUGUUUGCAGCGAGCUUCUCUCCCCCCAGUCCGAGGAGUGGGGCCAAAUUGCCUUUUGUCUGUGAGUAUUUCUUUGUCCUUUCAGGGCCUCCUGUGAGCGGUGAGCCCGUGUGUGGUGCCCAGGGCUGCCCGUGCAUGUUCGGGCGUGUUGUGCUGACCCAGGCUGGGAUCUCACCCAAGCCAGCCAGGUUUUAGUCGGGAUAUUUGGGAUGGGAAUUGCGGGACCCCGAGCCUGGCACCCCCCCUGUUCCCGCCGUGGGGGGGUCAGCAGGGCCCUGCCCAUCACACAGGGGGAUUUGCUUUGCUGGCCAGUUUGUCCCCCCCACCCUCUUCUCCUGCUCUGGCAUCACCAAUUCCUCCUCCUCAAAAUCUUUUUGGACUUUGUGCUUCGUGGUUUGGGCGCUCGGAUCCAACCCCCUGAUGAUGCUUGGGGCUGGUGGAACUGCAGCUCCCCAGUGUCCCAGCUCUGGAAAAGGGCUGGAUCUUCAUUGUCCUGGCCCUGGAGAAUGGGUGGAAUUUUUAUCCCCCCUUAUCCCUAGAGCUGCACUGUGCCACCCUGGAGAUGGUGGCCAAGGGCCACCUGGGUGUUGUCCCUGUGUCCCUGUGGCACCCACACGUGUGGCUGUCACACUGCCAGCUCCCCUGUUCCCUUUGAAGCACUUCCCGAGGGGGUGAGGAGCAGCGAUGGGGCUCUGGGUGCUAAUUACCCCCUCAAUUAAUUAACGCCCCCUCUCCAUGCCGGGCUGCCCCUGCCACCGCCCCCAGCCGAGAUCCCCCCUCCCCUCUUUUGGGGACAACUUGGGAGCAGAAUUCCCUGCCCCGAUCCCCCACCACGGCAAACCAAAAAAAAAAAAAAAACCAAUCCAGAAACGCCCCCAAACUCCCCCUUUUCCUCCUUUUCCCCCCAAAUCCAGCGCCUCGGGGCUGGGCUUGUCUCUGACCCCUCCUCUCCGAGCUCCCGCCCGUCCCUUCCCCUCCCCGGCUGCCACCUGGAGCUUGGACAUCCGGGAUUGAGGGGACCCCCCCGGCCCGAGGGAGCCCCCAAAUCCAGGGAAAGCCCCCACCUCCCCGCAGCCUGGGUUUUUUUGCAUGUUCUAGCAAGGUGCAUGUCCAAGGAGGGGAGUCGGCAAUGGGGCGGGUGGUGGGUUGAGUUCAAGCUUAAUUUUCUUUUUUUGGGAUUGGGAGAACCCCUCUGGCUGCCUCUGGCACGGAUCCCACCUGGCCAGGGGAGCUGGCAGGGAUGCAGAUCCCACCAAACCUCGGCCAGGGAGGACCUGAAGCCCUCCAGGGGUGCAGUGAUGGUGAUUUUAGGGUUCUCGAUGCUGAAGGAUCAUACGCCCGUUGCCUGGAGACUGCCUCCUUUUUAAUUUUUAUUUUUAUUUCUUGCUUUUUUUUUUUUCUUUUUUUUUUUUUUUUUAGUUCUGUUGAAAGGAGAAAAAAAAUGGUGAAAAUGUUAUUUAUUGGCAGAAAUUAUUUAAUAUAAUUUCUUCUUUUUUUUUUUUUUUUUGUGAAACAAGGAAUGAAUUUGUUAGAACUGUCUCGAUGUAAAUCGGAGUCAUCUUUAAGGAGGAAAAAAAAAAGAAAAAAAAAGUUAAAAAUUGA